GGUAUGGGCAUGCGCAGUCCCGUAGGUGAUGAUGUAAUGGCGCCAUGGAUAUGCACGCUUACGGUGGCGGUGAUGUAUUGCCGUUACAGGCGGGCGCGCUCCCCCAGGUCGACCGGUGAUGGAGCAGAGGGCAGUAGCAACGGGCCCGGGACCGUCUACCUCCUCAACCACAGCCUGUGUUGAAGGUCGAGCCUCGGCCUCUGGACCGGGGAGGCCCCGGAACCUCCUGGACCUUCCCCCUGAGCUGCUGGUUGAGAUUUUCUGCUUCCUCCCCGGGGUGAGCCUGCCCAGCUUGGCUGCCGCCUGCAAGAAAUUUCAUCAAAUCCUCAACACGGACACCAUCUGGAGAAGGCGCUGCCGCCUGGAAUAUGGAGUUUCAGAAAACCAGCGGCGUUUGGAGAUGGUAGGAAUCGCCUGUCGUGAUUUGUACAUCAAACGUAUUAAGCCUCGCUUCAAAUCAGGAAGAUUUGUGAAGUUGCUUCCUGACAACGAAAACAUGGAGCACCGUGAUGUGUAUACUCGCUUGCUGCACCCUUACCGGAACAUUUUGGGCUUGUGGCAACCGGACAUUGGACCCUACGGUGGACUGCUUAAUGUGGUUGUAGACGGGUUGUUUAUUAUUGGCUGGAUGUACUUACCUCCUCAUGAUCCUAGAGUCAAUGAUGCAAUGCGCUGCAAACCUUUGUUCCGAAUUCAUCUGUGUGAUAAGAAUAAGGCUGAAGUGGAAUGCAUGUAUGGUCACAAGGGAUCUCACAAAGGUGAUAUUCAGAUUGUAAAGAAGGAUGAGUUUUCAACCAAGUGUAAUCAGACUGAUUUCCACCGGAUGGCUGGAGGGAGACAGGAGGAAUUCCGGACUUGGUUAGCAGAGGAGUGGGGUCGUACACUGGAGGAUAUUUUCCAUGAGCACAUGCAGGAGCUGAUCCUCAUGAAGUUUAUCUACACCAGCCAAUAUGAUAACUGCCUGACAUAUCGUAGGAUCUACUUACCGCCAUCUGCUCCAGAAGACCUUCUCCCACCUGGUCUCUUUAAAGGAACAUAUGGAAGCCACGGGCUGGAGAUAGUAAUGUUGAGCUUCCAUGGAACCCAUAUCAAAGUAACAAAAAUCACUGGAGACCCGAAUGUACCUGCUGGUCAGCUGACUUUGCACAUUGAUGUCACUCGGCCUGUCCUAUUUCCUGACGUCGAACAUCUUCGAAGUUUCGACAAGCUGUCUCAAAUUGUGCUGGAAGUUCACCAACAAGUGCAAUGUGACCAACAGAAUCAGGAGCACUGGCAUGACAGCUCUCAACAAAAUCCAAGCAGCUUGCAGCCUACAUGUAAUGGUGUCCAAGAACCAGAAGACCAAGAAAAGAAAGCUGCUGGGAUGAGCACAACGCUUGAGACAGGGGAAUCAAAGGGAGCAACUGCAGGAGGGUCACCAGCACCGUCAGUGCCUGGGCAACCCUUUGUGCUACCUGUGGGAGUGAUGGCUCGAAAUGAAGUGUAUCCAAGAACAUGUAGGGCCUGUUUUUAUGGCACAGGCCUGAUCGCAGGUCAUGGAUUCACCAGCCCCGAAAGGACACCUGGGCUUUUUGUCCUAUUUGAUGAGCAAUGUUUUGGCUUCAUCUGGCUGGAUCUGAAAUCCUUCAGCUUGUACAGCAGGAUUGAAGACUCGCUAAGAAGCGCACAAGCUCCUUUCAGAGAAGCUUUCGAAUUGAUGCUCAAAAGUAUGCAAUCAUGGACGUCCUGACUAAUGUUCGUUCUCGGGGAACGAUGUGUUGCAGCUCUGAGAAAUCACAGUUGUGUGAAGCAGUCCCUCCCCAUGUACACUAAAGCAUGCACUUUGGAAAGAAAGCCUGGUGUUUGAAGUUGCCAGAACCACAUAUCGCCUGCUCCUCACCUUAACCCCCACCCUAUCUCACCUGAGCUACUACCCGAAGGUAAAAUUGCUGCAAUGGUUUCGUAAAAUGUUUUUCAGAGCUGCCUUCGUGGACUGAGCAGAGAAAGCAAUGUAGAUGGGAGUGUGGAGAACACCAGUGCUCACUUUUGCAUUAGCAUGAAAGAUGGGAUGAAUGUUGAUUUGAAUGAAGCUUUGCUGUCCUCUGAGCAAACGUUGAUGGUUCAUUGAGGGGUUCUGAGGGACUUUGUCUUUUAAUUUUGUUACAAAUAGUUAAACACCUUUACUUUGACUGUGUUUGGAGAGAGAGAGAAUGUCAAGGAAGUGAUGAUUUUUAUUUUUAAUGACACAAACAAGAUUAUACAUGAACUGAGUGUUUCAUACACCUCAUCACAUUCUUGAAACCUGAAAAUUAUGACAUAGUGAUGCUAAAUCAGGAAUUAAAGUGUUAUUUAAAUUUUGGUUUAUACUGUUAUGCUUAAAAGACUUUAAUUUAUGUUAAAAUUUAUAAAGAAUUCAGUUUAAUGCUUUAAUGUUUGGAAAUUAUUCAGUUUUAUCUAAGACCUAAUUAAAAGAAAC